GCAGAAGUUUAUUUUUUCAGGUGAAAACAUUUAUUUCGAUUUUAUGGUAUAAAUUCUGAUUGACCUGUAAUUUUUUUACAAGUUUUUCUUUGGAGGAUUAUUGUGAACACCAGCAAUGGCAUCACAAGAAGUAAUUGUUGAUGCAUUGCCAUACAUUGACACAGGAUAUGAUGAGCCUGGUGUGAGAGAAGCAGCAAUUGCAAUGGUUGAAGAUGAAAAGAAAAGAUAUCGUCCCACCAAAAAUUAUCUUGAGCAUCUACCUCCUCUAAAUUUGUCAGCAUUUGAGACAGAAAUCAUGCGCAAUGAGUUUGAGCGUUUAUCAGUCAGGCAACCCAUGGACACGUUGAGCAUGAAACGAUACGAGCUACCACCUCCACCACCAGGCAAAAUGACUGAUGUGUCCGCAUGGAGUGAGUGUGUUGACAACUCAUUUGCUCAGCUUGAACAUCAAGCAACCAGGUUGAUGAAUUUGGAACUCCUGGGCGAGAAUGGCAGUGAGGCUUGGAAAAGCCACAAUGAGGAGUUGCAGCGCAUGCUAUCCCGGACCCAGGCGCAGCUAGCAGACCUCAAGAAGGCUGUGCAGGAGGUGAACUGGGCACGCAAGAGUCUGCAGUGCAAAGCAGGGGAGGAGCUGCGGCACCUGGAGAGCACCUGGGUGUCACUGGUGUCUCGCAACUACGACAUCGAGCAAGCCUGCGUCAACCUACAGCAACAGUUGCAGCGCUACUCAGAGCUGCUUGAGGCCAAGCGGGACAAUCACGAUAACAAUAAUGCUUCUGAUCAAGAAAUGUAAUAAAGUACCUAUCAAAUUUUAUAAUAAA